UUGGACGUCACGAUGGAUGAUCUUUAUGACGAGUUCGGCAACUUUAUCGGUGAAGACGUCGGGUCUGAAGAGGCGUCUGAACGGGGAGUGGAUGCGGACUACUAUGGCGAUGACGCCAGCGAAGCGCCUGCGCCCACGGGCCAGGAGCUGAUGGAAAUCGAUGACGACGGCCCAUCGAACGCGAUCAUCCUUCACGAAGACAAGCAAUACUAUCCCACGGCGCAACAAGUAUAUGGAGAUGAGGUUGAGGUCCUGGUUCGGGAGGAGGACGAGCAGCUCCUUACGCAACCCAUCAUUGCUCCCGUCGAGCAGAAGAAGUUCAACAUUGAGGAGACCGACCUCCCUCCCGUUUUCUUCGAACGCAGCUUCAUGACAGACCUCAUGAACUUCCCCGAGCAAAUACGCAACGUCGCACUGGCAGGUCACCUCCACCACGGAAAGACUGCUUUCAUGGACAUGCUGGUCCUCGAAACCCACGACAUCACCGACAGACUCGAGCGCCGGGUCGGCAAGAACCGAGACGAACAACUCAGAUACACCGACGUGCACGUUGUCGAGAGGGAGAGGGGAGUCUCGAUCAAAGCGUCGCCUAUGAGCUUGGUCCUGCAGAGCACAAAGGGAAAGUCGCAUCUGGUCAACAUUCUUGAUACUCCCGGCCACGUCAACUUCGUCGACGAGGUCGCAGCCAGCUUGCGACUUGCCGACGGUGUCUGCUUGGUCGUCGAUGUGGUCGAGGGCGUUCAGGUCAACACGGAGCAGAUUAUCAAGCACGCGGUCUUGGAGGACAUACCCAUCACACUCAUCAUCAACAAGAUGGACCGUCUCAUCUUGGAGUUGAAGCUGCCCCCCAAGGACGCGUACUUCAAGCUGAAGCAUGUCGUGGAGGAGGUCAACACCGUCAUCGAAAACACGAUCCCAGGCAAGGGCGAGGCUAAGAGGAUAAGCCCCGAGAAGGGCAACGUCUUGUUCGCAUGCACAGAUAUGGGUUGGUGCUUCACUCUGCAGUCGUUCUCCAAGAUGUACACCGAUACCUACGGCGGUGUCAACACGGAGGACUUCGCCAAGAGGUUAUGGGGAGACAUCUACUUCAACCCCGAGAAGCGCAACUUCACAAGGAAACCGACCGAGACUCACUCGAGCCGCUCGUUCGUCAAGUUCGUCCUGGAGCCAAUCUACAAGAUCUUCACACAUACUAUCAGCGACACCCCCGAAGAGUUGAAGAGGGUGUUAAGCACUUUGGGCAUCACGCUGAAGCCCUCUCAGUACAAGUCCGACGCCAAAGUUCUACUGAAGCUGGUCUGCGAGCAGUUCUUCGGCCCCUCCAACGGUUUCGUUGACAUGAUUGUGCGCCACAUUCCCUCACCAAACGAGGCUGCUGAGCGAUACCUGGAGAAGUACUACACAGGACCGCUCGACACUAAGAUUGCCGGGUCCAUGAAGGCCUGCGACCAGGACGGGCCGCUCGUGGUCCAUGUCUCCAAGCUCUUCAGCACAGCAGAUGCCAAGAGCUUCUACUCCUUUGGUCGUGUCUUGAGCGGUACAGCGAAGCCAGGAACGCAGGUCAGAGUCCUUGGAGAAGGCUACUCGACAGACGACGACGAAGACAUGGCGAUGGCAACGAUAUCCGACGUCUUCAUCGGUGAAUCGAGGUACAACAUUCCGACCGACGGAGUGCCGGCAGGCAACUACGUGCUUCUCAGCGGAGUGGACAACUCUAUCGUCAAGACGGCUACCCUUGUUCCGCCAAAGCUGGAGGACGACGAGGAUGCCUACAUCUUCAAGCCCGUCACACAUUUCACAGAGUCGGUGCUGAAGGUUGCUGUCGAACCUAUCAACCCUUCAGAACUGCCCAAGAUGCUGGACGGAUUACGCAAAAUCCAAAAGAGUUAUCCGUUGAUCACAACCAAGGUCGAGGAGUCUGGAGAGCACAUUGUUCUCGGCACAGGCGAGCUUUACAUGGACUGUGUUCUGCACGACUUGAGACGACUCUAUGCCGACAUGGAAAUCAAGAUCUCUGAUCCCGUCACUCGGUUCUGCGAAACGGUGGUGGAGCAGUCGGCAACCAAAUGCUAUGCCAUCACGCCAAACAAGAAGAACAAAAUCACCAUGGUCGCCGAGCAGCUGGACAAGGGCAUUUCGGAAGACAUCGAGUCGGGCAAGGUCAAGAUCCGGGACCCCAUUCGCAAAACGGCCAGCUACUUUGAGGAGACUUACGGCUGGGACAAGCUGGCAGCAAGAAGCAUCUGGGCAUUCGGUCCUGACGAGAUGGGCCCCAACAUCCUCCAAGACGACACGUUACCCUCCGAGGUCGACAAGAAACUCCUGACCACGGUCAAGGAGACCAUCCGCCAAGGGUUUAGCUGGGCAACCAGAGAAGGGCCCCUGUGCGAGGAGCCUAUUCGAAAUACAAAGUUCAGGAUCACGGAUGUGUCGUUGGCGUCGGAAGCAAUCUUCCGCGGAGGCGGUCAGAUCAUCCCCACCUCCCGCAGGGCUUGCUAUUCUUCCUUCCUGAUGGCCUCGCCUCGACUGAUGGAGCCCCUGUACUCCGUCUCGGUGACGGGACCGGAAGACUCUGCCACGGAGGUUUACACGACGCUGGCUAGACGCCGCGGUCAUGUUCUCCAGGACGGACCGGUGGCGGGUACUCCCCUCUACCGUGUCAAUGGCCUCAUCCCCGUCAUCGACUCCUUUGGUUUCGAGACGGACCUGCGCAUCAAGACGAAGGGCAUGGCCAUGGUCAGUCUGACUUUUGACAGCUGGAGCAUCGUACCUGGCGACCCGCUCGACAAGGAGGUCAUCAUCCGACCGCUGCAGCCGGCUAGCGCGCAGGCUACGGCCAGGGACUUUGUGUUGAAGACGAGGAGGAGAAAGGGUCUGAGCGAAGACGUGAGCGUGGCGACCUUCCUGGAGCCAGAGUUCUACCAGAGCCUCAUGGAGAGUGGCGCCCUUGGCGAAUAA